GUUCACUGACGGCGCCGAUUGGAGAUUUGGGCCUUUUGCUUGCUCCAACGGCCCAACCAUGCAUCUUACCGUUAAUGCUCAGUGCUUAUUUACGAGUCAGAGGCGGCUAUUACUGCUCGACUACAAGGAUUCAUUAAUCAUUGAACAUCUGCUGCAAAUUCCCACCAGCCGCAUUUUCCUGAGAAACAAACACAUUUCCUGCGUUUUUUAUUCUCUCCUUUGCCUGCCUCCUUUACUGUCAUCUCAUCCCGCGGUCUCUUUGGCCCGCUUCUGUCUCUCUCUGUGCAAAGGAAGAGGGGAAAAAUGUCCAAACUCAACCCCGAUACUUCAUCUCACAAGCCACCCCCUUUGAGCGGUCUCAACAACUCAUUCAUGACUCAGAACCAACUCAUCGACUCGCUCACUGCUCACAUCUCUCUCUACCAUUCUCACUCUCUUCCUCCCAAUCCUAAUCACAAUCCCAAUCCCAGGUCCUCUAUCCUCAAAUGGUUUUCGUCUCUCUCCAUUUAUCAACGCCAGGCUUAUCUCACCACCGUCGAUUAUAAAUUCACCCAGCUCCUUAUUCAAAUGCUUGGCAAAGUCCGCACGCACGGCUACGGCCGUUUCAUCAUCCUUCCUGACCUUCCCUCAACGGACCUCCCCAGCCUAUGCUACAAGAAGUCACAUGGCCUCUUGUCCCGAACCGCCCAGUCAAACGAGUCCGAACGCUUGAUUUUCGACUCCGCCCGGCUUUUUGGCUCCAGAGAAGGCGAGAAGAUCGAGGAAUGUUCUUGUUCGAUUAAGUGUUUAGAUUCGGUGACUGUGAGCGAAUCCUUGGUUGAAAAUGUGGACGAGUUUGUUGAGGCAAUGGAUAAGGUGUCUAGUGGAGGAUUUUUAAGGGGAGAAGAGAGCGAAUUGGGAUCGGAUUGGGUAGAAUUGGAGUGGCUAAAAGCUAAAGGUUAUUAUAGCAUUGAGGCUUUUCUGGCAAAUAGGUUAGAGGUUGCUUUGAGGCUGGCGUGGCUGAACUGUAGUAAUAGUAAGAAAAAAGGGGUUAAAUUGAAGGACAAAGUGACUGCUGCGGGUGUGGCCGCCAAUGUAUUUUGGAGGAAGAAGGGAUGUGUCGAUUGGUGGCUGAAUUUGGAUCCUGAAACGAGGAAGAAAUUCUUCACUGUGACGCUGGGUAAAGCUGCAAAAUCAUUGACACAUGAGAUUGUGAAGGGAGCGAGUUCUGCGCUGGAGGAUGAGAUGUGGCUGUUUAAAGCAGGAGCAGAACAGCCAUUGAAGUACAUUUAUGCCAAGUCAAUGCCACAAACUAUCCAAAAACUCUCAGUUGAUGCAGAGUUUGGUUCACCAAUUACGUGUACUUCGCCCUCUGGGAAAGAUACUUCUUUCGUCAAUCUAUUUAAUAGUUUAUUCGUUCUUCAGGAUGUUAUUACUUUGAUAUUACCAGGUCAGCAUAGUGAGUCUGAUAUGUCAAAGGUAUUUUUUAGCACUUUGGGCUCUGUCAGUAGCAUUGCUGAUUACGUAUUGAGAAAACUACGGGGACUUGUUAUGCUUAUUUCACUUGAUUGCACAAAGCUUGAACUUCUUGGGGAGGGAAAUUUCAAGUGUUUAACCAAUAAACCAAAGGAAAGGCUUAAUUCAGGUAGCCGUAAGAAAAAAGGGAAGACUCAGAACGUGAAAAAGCUAAAUCCUGCCCCUGGGACAGGUGCAAAAGAAUCCUCUUCCAACAAAUCUCUCAAGGAUCCCGAAUGUGCACCGGCUUAUUCUGAGAAGUUGGAUUCAGUGGAGUUCAAUGAGACAUCCAAUAUAACUCAUGGGAAGGAAAUACAAGGAGACAUAUUGUCAUCAGCAGUUGAAAUGGAACACUCCCAAGGAUUGGUUCUUGGAAAAGGGCGAACUGCUACGAGGAAGAACAAGAAAGGAAAAAAUAAAAAUAAAAAUUCUAGCCUAAACAAUCUGGUUGAAGUGAGAAAUUCUGAAAGAUCAGUGGCAAAAGCUCCCUGCUUGGCUUUUAUCUCAUCGGAUGAGGCAGCAAAGCAUGGCAGAAUAUCUGAUAGGUCAUCCAUCCAGAAUGCAUCAAAUGAUAAUUUAGUCGGUGAUGUAACCGUUGGAUUAAAUAUGAGGCUCAGUAGUUCUGCUAAUGUGUCCACUAAGGAGGGUGUUGUUGCCCAAAGCAUUCAAGAAGAUUGUGUUGCUGGGUGCAAAGGAGGAAUCUGCAGUAUAGGUUCAGAGCAUCAGCAGUCCUCAAACAGUCUGAUUGAGGAUGAAACUAUACCUUCCAGAGUAGAAAUGGUAAACUUUAACAUGGACAAUAAUCUAACAUCUAAUUUAGUGCCUGUGCUGGAGCAUGACACUUUUUCUAGCAAUGAAGACAUCAAUUUUCAGAAUGAAAAAACCAAGGCAAAAUCAAAUCUUGCUGACAAGUCAGUUGGAACUCUUAGUGUAAAAGAAGAAUUUACCCUAAUACAGGGACAUAAUAAAAAUUUUAGUGAUGCCAGGCUCACAGAUCCUUCAGAAUGCAUUUCAUAUGAGUGGCCUAGUUUAACUCCUGUCUAUUUUCCAUCUAUUAAUUCACAUCUUCCUCCUGCCACUGAUAGAUUGCAUCUGGAUGUUGGUCGCAAUUGGCAUAAUCACAUUCGCCAACCUUUUGUUCCCACAGUGCAUCAGGCAAGAAAUUCUCCCAUUGAUAGUGGGCACAACCGAACUUUGUCUCGACCAUUGCCAAUGAGUUUAGACUGGCCCCCAGUGGUUAGGAGCACUUGCGGAUUAGCACCAUCCAUGACAUGUAAUUAUGAUUCUGGAUUUAUAUCAAGAGGCCAGCCUGUGUUUCAGCACCAGAGUUUCACUCAUAAUAUGCCGAUUAAUGCAGAGACUGCUGAUGAUGAGAGAAAGAAUUCAGGGGAUUUUAUAGACAUGCCUGAAUUAGCUAAUGCACAGGAAGUGAUGGAUGAAUAUGAAAGCCACUGGAUAUCAGAGGAAGAAAUGGAAGUGCAUGCGGUUUCUGGUAUAGAUUAUAAUCAGUACUUUGGUGGUGGUGUGAUGUAUUGGAAUCCUUCUGAUCAUCCAGGGACAGGUUUCUCUCGACCUCUUUCCCUUAGUUCUGAUGAUAGCACAUGGGCUUGGCAUGAAGCUGACAUUAAUAGGGCAGUUGAUGACAUGGUUGCCUUCUCUUCUUCUUAUAGUACUAAUGGUUUGACUUCACCAACUGCUGCUUCCUUUUGUUCUCCUUUUGAUCCUUUGGGCCCUGGACACCAGGCACUUGGUUAUGUUGUAUCAGGAAAUGAAGUACCUGGCAAGGUCCUUAAUUCUUCAUCAACAGUGACGGACACAGCUACAGAGGAGGUUGCAGGAUCUUUGGCCAAUUUGUCAGGUGAUGUUGAAGGGAAGGCAGGAGAUUCACUUCCUUACCCCAUAUUGCCUCCUAUCAUCAUUCCAACUAUGUCAAGGGAAAGAUCGAGAUCUGAUUUUAAGCGUAGUCAUGAUCAUAAAAGUCCAUGUGUUCCUCCUUCUAGGAGGGAACAACCUCGGAUAAAGAGACCACCAUCACCUGUAGUGCUUUGUGUUCCACGGGCUCCGCGUCCACCACCUCCCUCGCCUGUGAGUGACUCUAGAAAACACCGGGGUUUCCCUACUGUUAGAUCUGGUAGCUCCAGCCCAAGACAUUGGGGUAUGAGAGGUUGGUACCAUGAAGGAAGUAACUUGGAGGAAGCUUGUGUACGUAUGGAUGGUGCUGAAGUUGUUUGGCCUUCUUGGAGGAAUAAAAAUCUUUCUACUCGCCCAAUGAUUCAGCCUCUCCCUGGAGGUUUGCUGCAAGAUCGUCUGAUUGCUAUGUCCCAACUAGGACGUGACCAGGAACAUCCAGAUGUAUCAUUUCCACUUCAACCACCUGAGUUGCAGAACUGUCCAGCACGAAAGGCAUCUCUUUCUUUGAUGCACAGCCUCCUCCAUGAUGAAAUUGACUUUUUCUGCAAGCAGGUUGCUGCAGAAAAUAUGGAGAAGAAGCCUUUUAUUAAUUGGGCUGUCAAGCGGGUUACCAGGUCUCUCCAAGUCCUAUGGCCCAGGUCUAGAACAAACAUCUUUGGAUCAAAUGCAACUGGUUUGUCCCUUCCAACAAGUGAUGUUGACCUUGUGGUUUGUCUUCCUCCAGUGAGGAACUUGGAGCCUAUCAAGGAGGCUGGGAUUUUAGAGGGCCGUAACGGUAUUAAAGAAACAUGCCUUCAGCAUGCUGCAAGGUAUCUUGCAAACCAAGAGUGGGUGAAAAAUGAUUCAUUGAAGACUGUGGAAAAUACAGCUAUACCUAUUAUUAUGCUUGUCGUGGAGGUUCCUAAUGAUCUGAUUAACUCUGCCACUUCUAAUGUACAAUCACCGAAGGAGGUGUCAUCUCGUAUGACUGAUGAACAUGAAAACCAUGUUCACUGCGAUAAAGUUGGUUCAGAAGACUCGAUUUCACCAAAGUGCUCACAAAUUAAUGAUGAUAGUACGAAGGAUGUGAAAUCAGUUCGUCUGGACAUCAGCUUUAAGUCUCCAUCACAUACUGGGCUCCGAACUACAGAACUGGUAAAAGAGCUUACUGAGCAAUUUCCAGCCGCAACACCUCUAGCUUUGGUACUAAAACAGUUCUUGGCAGAUCGUAGCCUUGAUCAAUCCUACUCUGGUGGCUUAAGUUCCUAUUGCUUGGUGCUACUAAUUACACGUUUUCUGCAGCAUGAGCAUCAUCUUGGGCGUCCUAUUAAUCAAAAUUGGGGAAGCCUUCUGAUGGAUUUUCUUUACUUCUUUGGAAAUGUGUUUGAUCCUCGCCAAAUGCGUAUCUCAGUUCAGGGAAGUGGAAUAUAUGUAAACAGGGAAAGAGGUUAUAGUAUUGAUCCAAUACACAUCGAUGAUCCUCUUUUUCCAACGAAUAAUGUGGGGAGAAACUGCUUUAGGAUACAUCAAUGUAUCAAGGCAUUUUCAGAGGCCUAUUCUAUAUUGGAGAAUGAGCUGACAUCCCUUCCUGAUGAUGUUGAUUCGUGUUCAAGGCCAGCAUACAGACUGCUUCCUAAAAUCAUCCCAAGUGUUAAUUCAUUAUAGGGAAUUUAAUUGUUGGCAGAUUUUAUAUCUGUUUGGAAGGCUUUUUAGGAUUUGGCCCGACAAAAACAGAGCUGUCUAUGUCUUUUGGAAAGCAGUUCAUGUCUGCUUGAGUUGAUAUGUGGAGUCCUUGUGGACAACUGCAUCAUAUUGCAGCUGUUGUUUUCAUCGGGAAAAUAUCUCCCAGUUUCACUGUGCUACUGUGGAUGGAGUUCGUUAUAACACUGCUGCCAUGUUCGUGCUUGGGUGAACAUUGUGGACCUCUUAGAUUUUGAGGCUGGUAGGAUUGUGAUGAAGGUAUUGUAUACUAUAUAGUGAUUACGACUUUUUAGCUUUCAAUUCUUCAUAUACUUGUUUUGCUUUUUCAGUUGACUCUUCCGUUGAAGGUUAGGAUCUGUCAUCAAAGAUGGACAGCUUGAACAUGUAAGAAGCCAGAGGGAGUGGGUUCUGUUAUUGUGGAUGCAAAUUGUAUUUGUAGAAGAAAGUUAGAUUGACAUCAUACCCAUCAGAUUUCUCGCUUCCAAGAGUCCUCCAAUUGAUAUUGCUUCUCAUAUAGCGCAAAUUACUUGUGCAAAUAGUAUUAGGACAUAUCGGCUUGAAUUUUAUACAGCAGCAGGUGGCCCAUUUUGCUUCUCUGUGGAGCCGCGAUCUAUUAGCGUACUGAGCAGUUCAAAUAGAUGGAGAGCCGCAUCGAGCAGCAACUUGUACCAUUCCUGGUAGGAGCUAUAUGCUUGCUCUUGCAAAGCAGCAGAACCAUAUGGCUAAAAUGCUCCUCCCAAAACACAGGGCGAGAAUCAAUAGAAGCAAUGGUUGCAAGAAUUCAAAAUAAGAUGCAUGAGUCGCCAAUAAUUACAUUUGCUGAUUGGUAUUUGAUUUGUAUGAUGCAAUGCAAGGUAGAGAUGUAGAGAGGAAAGGAAGUUAACUGUGAUUAUUUUCUGAUCAGCAUAUGUAUAGUGAGGGAGAGUAGGUGUUCACUUUUUCCUCCCUCCCCACACUUCCCUUCCUAACCCUGCCCCACGCUACAGUAUUUACCUUCAAGUGUAUAUAUUCAAUUAUUUUAUAAAUAUUAUACAAUAUAAACUCUGAUUUUAAAAUUAUAA